AUGCCUCGCAUUGGCCUCUUGGCGUGCUACGCUGGGCUCCUUGCUGGAGCAGCGAUACCAAAUUCUUCAGCAGCGGUUCCGAUUCGCUCUGCCUCUGUUAACCCGCACCACGGGAGCCCAGACAUAAAAGCUCCUUCCCUUGCUCAGCUGGGAACAGCGCCUGCUGCCGAUGAUGUAACUAACGAAUGCUUGCCAGUUCUUAAUGCCUUGCGAACGGAAGGGCUAGACGGAUUGUUGAGCGAACUUGUCAAAGCAAGUAGCGAAGAAGUUCGCUCGAGUCUAUCUCCUCAAACAAAAAGUGAGAGCGAUAAGAAAACAACCGUAGUUGAAAUUGCACAAGAGCUCGCGGGGGAGAACAAAGAGAACUGUGAAGCAGCCGAUGCGAAUACGUCCAAGUAUUCUGGACUUGUAAUUACUUUUCAACACUCCACAGCGUUUGACUGCGAGGCUCUGAUCAAGGAAUCCUUCGCUGCAGGACUGAGCCAUCUCCAACAAGAGAGCUACGAGACGUCGUCUGCAACCAAUAAAUUGGGCACUGCUCCGCUGGACAAUCCAGCAGCAAAAAAUCUCGCGGCUAUAGUGUCAACUAAAGCGGGAAAAGUGUCAUGCGCCGCCACAACAGACUGUGCAGCUGGCAGCAAUGUCUUGUUUUGCUAUUUCAUAGAGCCCUUAGCAGUGGACGAAGCGCAGCCAAUCAAGGCUGAAGUGUAUGAAGCGCUUCUGAAGCGACAGCGGGGCUUAGCGCCGAUCACAAUUCCUGGCAUUACAGCUACGCUUUUCUCCCUCGCGUUGAUAAUGUUGAGUUGA